AUGGAGAAAGUUUCCUAUUCCGACCUUACCCUCCGCCCAUUCCACAUUUCCGACGCCGACGACCUCAUGCAGUGGUACUCGGACGAUAGAGUAAGCAGAUUCUGCUCGUUAAGCCCCUUCGCCUCCAGGGAGGCCGCUGCCGAUCACGUCGCGACCACGGUUAUCCCGCACCCAUGGCACAGGGCCAUAUGCGUGUCGGGUCGGGCCGUGGGUUCCUUGUCGGUUACCCCGUUCGGCGGGAACAACCGGUGCCGGGCCGAAAUCGGAUACGUGGUCGGGUCGGAGCACUGGGGAAGGGGGAUCGCAACGGCGGCGGUGAGGAUGGCGGCCGGCGCCGUGUUCGCGGAGUGGGGCCACCUGGAGCGGGUGGAGGCCGUGGUGGAUCUGGACAAUACGGCGUCGCAGAGGGUGAUGGAGAAGGCGGGGUUUGUGAGGGAAGGUGUGCUCAGGAAGUAUUAUCUUCUCAAGGGUCAGCCCAAGGACGCCAUUAUGUUUAGCCUCUUGUCUUCGGAUUAUGUUUAUGAGAUGGAGAUGAGAUUAUAG